GGGUGGGGGUGAGAUGGGGAAGGAAAUACAUAGUGGGUGUCACAAGGGCAGGAAGGACAGAGUGACAGCAGGGUUCAAGGCUGGGUGCUGGGGAGCUGUGCGUUUUCAUGGAUUACUGUCUGGAUGAGAAGGAAAGGCACAAGAUGUGGGGUGACUUUUCUAUGCCACACAGGACUGGUUCUGAAGCAAAUGAAUUAGGGGACGGGGAGCAGGAUGGAAGCUGGUGACAGGGAGAAGCUGAAAGCCAGAGAGGAGAGUCAGACCAGAGGGGAAGCGAGAGUCUGAGUAGGUGUCCAGGGUGGAGGGAGGAGCACAUUUGCAUUGUCGCAGAAACUCAUGGAAGGCUUGUGUGUGGAGAGGAAGUCAGAGGACAGGGGCUGUGUGGGGGUAGGUUUGCUAGAACAGCCGUCAAAGAAGCACGAUGUAAGAGAAAGACAGAACAUCUGCAGAUACAAUGCUGUUUUUACAACUUGCGUUGUUGGCGGUUCUUCUCCCAGGUGGUGACGGUGAUGAUGAUUUCCAGGAGCCAAUCUACUUCCGAGUCAUUCGAACGUCAUUCCUCUACAACCGUUCCGGGACACAAAAUCUGGGCUCAAUUUGGCUGGAUGAGCUGCAGACUCAUGCCUGGGACAAUAAGACUCACACUUUCACUUUCCUGUGGCCUUGGUCCCAGGGCAACUUAAGCAAUGAGGAAGUGGUGACAGGGGAAAAUUUAUUCUAUUCAAACACCAUUUUAGUUAAUCAGGAUUUCCGUGAACAUGUCAGCAAAUGGCAGCUCGAAUGUGAGUUCAGUUCCUUCAGAGGUGGAAUGGAGGUGGCUGAUCCUUUUCAGCUACAGAUGGUAAUAGGCUGUGAGCUGCAUGUUGGAAAACCAUCAGUUGGCUUCAUGAGGAUUGCUUAUCAAGGAUCGGAUCUCAUAAGUUUCCAGAACGUGUCAUGGUGGCCAUCGCCAAAGGGAGGAAGUAGGGCUCAGCAGGUCUGCAGACUAUUCAAUCAAUACCAUGAAGACAAUGAAUUAAUACAAGCCCUCAUCAUAGACUACUGUCCCCGCUAUCUCUCAAGUCUUCUUGAUGCAGGGAAGGCAGAUCUCCAGCGACAAGUGAGGCCAGAGGUCUGGCUGUCCGCUCGCCACAGUCCCGGUCCCGGCCGUCUGCUGCUGGUGUGCCACGUCUCUGGCUUCUACCCCAAGCCUGUGUGGGUGAUGUGGAUGCGGGGUGAGCAGAAGCAGCGGGGCACCCAGCGAGGCGACGUCCUGCCCCAUGCUGAUGGGAUGUGGUACCUUCAGAUGUCCUUGGAUGUGAAAGCCAGGGAGGCAGCUGGCCUGUCCUGCCGAGUGAGACACAGCAGUCUAGGAGGCCAGGACAUGGUCCUCUACUGGGAGCAGCCCCACUCCACGGGCUUGGUCUUCCUGGCGGUGAUAGUGCCCCUGGUGCUUCUGGCAGGUCUGGCGCUGUGGCUCUGGAAGCGCUGCAAAAUCAGCAGGGGAUUCACGGGUGCGUACAUGUGACAUCUGAGACGUAGCAUACAAGCGUGUCGCUGAAGGGAAAAGACGCUCUAGGAAAGAGAACAGGAGUGCUGUGGUCGGGAAUGAAUGGGGAUCCAGCAAGGACAGUGCAUACAGUGUCUUCUGGCUUCCGUGGCUGCCGUGUUACUGUCCUGGGGACAUGGAGUCCGUGACAGUGAGCCUUUGCUCCUGGGGGAAAUGUGGGGUUGGGGUCCUGGGAGCCUCUGCUCACAACACUUGCCACCUGAUGACCACCCAGCCUGGUUUCACGUGUGUUUCUGUUUAAGGACAACUUCUCUAGUGUACAGAUGUAUUUGUAAGUAAUUAUUGUAUGGAGUAUUUCCCUCUGCUGAAACAUGAGCUCAGACGUGUGCAACAUUUCCCAGCUGCCUACUGUGAUCGCCAGGGUCUGCUUUCAGCCCCGCAGCUGUGCUGCCCACAAUGAUUUUAGAGACUAAGAAACAGGAAACAGUCAUCGUCUCAUGAAUCUUGAAUCUAGCUGCUGUUGCUCCUUUCCCAUGCCGUCAUCACAGCCUCUUCGAUGUUACCGUAGCACUUUCUGGAAAGGCGCCACGAGGACAUCCGAUAGUCCUGUUCCUCUCCUGCAUGUGCUGCACUGCCGACUCGUCACCAGCGGGCUCGGGGCCCACAGCUCUGCGUCAGGAGCCCGCGCCAGCCGCACCUGCUCAGCUGUUUUGUCACGAGGCGCAACCGCCUUCUGGGAUUAGGACACCAGUAGUCCUGCGGCUCCGGGCGUCAGGGCCGUUUUCCACAGUGACAUCCCUAGAGUAGCGUGAACAUGCAGAAAAUGUGGCACCAAAAGAACAGCAAAUGAGACGCGUGUCCACUAUGCGGGGGGAACACAGGAAGGCCGAGCAACCCCUGCUUCAGUCUCCCCCGGAGUCACCCGAGGUGGGUGACACGUGUUGGGACGCUCCACGUGUUCAUGAUGAGCAGUGAGCGCGUGUGUCUGGGAUACAAACCCACGUCAGCAGGCAGGCCGGUCAGCACAGACAGAUUCCGUGAUAAUGGACAUGGACCUUUGUGACUGACGACGCCCACGGCAGUGUGAGUGGAGACGCCACGGCUAGACCUCAGUGACCCUUGGUUUCAUUAAUUAACUCCCCAAACCAUUCUUGGGCUCUGACCGGCAGCAGGGACAUCCCAAGUGUCAAGUAGUGGGGACGAAAAUGUCUUCUGUGUCUUCGGAGCCUAAAAGUUUAACUUUCCUGAUUUAUGGUUUUUAUUGUUGUUUGUAACCAGUUUGUUAGUCAACAAAUUAUGUGGAUUGAACUAGGGGAGAGGAACUUCUUUCUAACUUGUUUAGGAGCUGAGAGAAGAGACCAGGACAGAAGACUGUCCAGAGGGACCACAUGCAGCCUCCUCGCCCUACACGUGUGAACAUUUCUGGAAAAUAACAUUGAUGUGGGAGAUGUGGCAAAGGUGAAAAGUUGGAAGGGGGAGAGCAAGUCAUGGGACUUCUGGAAUCUUCUCUCAUGGAUCAGAGUGCUUGGCUGUUUCUCUAACUUGCAGUCUCCCUCAUUCCCCUUGUGUGGCCACCCUGUGGAUUUUGGUUGGUUGACUCCCCCCUCCUGUGUAGCCCUGGGCUCUGAUCAGCCUGAGGCCACAAUGAGACAGGUUGAAGGAUGGACAGGUAACCUGCAGGUCAGGCCAAUCACCAGACAGAGGCCGCUGGUAUCACACAGAGUGUGGUUCAGGGCCAGGCACCUGCUCCAGGGGACACGGGUCACAGGGAACCUGAUACUUGUUGUCAAUGGGAGGGGAAAGAGAUGCCCUUCCUCUCCUGGAUGAUAAGGUCCGUGUAUGAAGCCUGAAAUAAAUACAAUCAGGUUUUCAGCACCAGAGAAGCAAGCCUGAGAUGAAGCCUUGUAUAUGUGAAAUUUACCAAGGGGGUAAAUCCCAAGUGUUCUCACCAGAAGAAAGAAAAAGAAAAGAAAGAGAAAAGAGAAGUUCCGGAUGUGAGGUGGUGGCCGAGUUAACUGGCUUGUUUGUGGUCUCAACGUCAACAUGUCCACAUACACCAAACAUCAAGUGAUUACCUCAUUUUAUGUUUUUAAAAGAAAGUAGCAAUAAAAAUAUUCUAACAUGUGAUGAAUGCUACAUAAAA